AUGGAUGGUACGCCACUGGCUUAUACUACCUGGCUAUCGGGCCAGCCGCUCAGUGACUGUUGUUGUGCGAACAGGUGCACCGCUAUUUACCCGAAAGUUUCUGAUGUUGGGACAGCAUGCCGUGUAUUUACAGCGAAAAAUGUCUUGUAUUCGGUGGAGUUUGCAAAAUGGCAUGUACAGUGCCACAGCCUCGUUGUUGCUAUUGUUGAAAAUAAAGAUACACUAAUAAAAUUUCUGUGUUCGAAAUUUAAUUUGCUGCAAACAAUUAUACCGCGGAGCAGCCGGUUUCAGGUCAAUUGCACUUAA